AUCCAGUCUGUAAUCGGUGUGUUAUCCCUUGUGGUGUUGCCAGGUUGGAUCCCAUCCUGUAUAAGAAGUGUCAGGGCGAUGCCUCCCAGCUCUGCCACACUCACGGCUGGAACGAGACCAGUGACAUGCUGCCCACUGGCGCCAUCUUCUCCUGUUUGUAUCGCCACGCCUACCGCUCUGUGGAGCAGGGCCGCAGGCUCUCCAGAGACUGCAAGGUGGAGGUGCAGAGGAUUCUCCACCAGAGGGCACUGGACGUGAAGCUGGACCCUGAGCUUCAGAGACGCUGUAUGGCAGACCUGGGGAAGUGGUGCAGCGAGAAGACAGAGUCCGGACAGGAGCUGGAGUGUCUGCAGGACCACCUGGAGGAUCUGAUAUCAGAGUGCAGGGACGUGGUGGGAAACCUGACUGAGCUGGAGUCAGAGGUAUUAACC